ACCGACAAACCCAUCUCAAUUACACUUGAACAUUCCACAGAAACAGUCGCAAGGCUUCCUAUCAUGUUCACGCUAUUUUUUGUUUCACAUUUCUGUUUAAUGUAAAAAAAACUAAUCACUAUCAACCGUCACUUGAUAACGUUUUAAGUUUGUGUUUUGUGAGGCUUCACAGGGAACGAAUGAUUGCCAUUCAUUGUUGGAUUUUUGGAAUUAUCAGUUUGCUAAGGUGUAGUACGAUGACCACUCCAAGCGAUGAUCAAAUCGAGAUUUGGGAAAAGGAAUACGCCCCGAGUAAAUGGACCAAACGCUUCGACACACCCAGAGAAGUGCUGGACCAUCAUGUGAAGUUUGUCACCGAAGUAAGUAGAGACAAUCGGAAGCAGCUCUGCUGUACACUAAACGUGAGGUAUGGUAGAGGUGAAAAUGCGACAUUCGAUAUCUACGGUGAUGAUCUGCCGGGAGAUGCACCCUUGUUUGUGUACAUUCACGGUGGUUACUGGCAAAUGCUGUACAAGACAGACUCUGCUUACUGUGUAAAACCGCUGGUCGAGCGAGGCUACCGGGUAAUCAUUUUGGGAUAUGACCUGUGUCCAAAGAUUAAUCUGGAACAACUUGUCGCUCAAAUAAAGUCUGCUGGCGUUUACAUUCUCAACUAUGCUGCGGAGAAACAUGUGAAACACAUUUCGUUCGCCGGCCAUUCGGCGGGAGCUCAUCUGAUAGCGACCAUGCUCGAUUGUCCGUUUGUUGCUGCCAUGGGAAAGGAAAUCGAUCGUAUCAAGCAGAUAUAUUUGAUAUCCGGUGUUUACAAGCUGGAUGAACUUUUCUACACGACAGAAGUCAAUAAGAACAAUCUACUCGGGUUGAAUGCACUAACCAUUCAAUCCUUGUCGCCAUUAUUGCAGAAUUAUCAGCAUCUACUCGGUUUCAAUAGCAGAAUUCAUAUCUAUGUUGGUGAGAAUGAAAGCCCUGUGUUCAAGCAGAUGUCUUCAGAUAUGUGUAAGCAUUUUGAAAAAUUUGCACUUGACAGCACAUUCCAGAUUUUACCGAAUCUAGACCAUUUUAACAUAGUGGAGAAGCUCUCUGAAAAGGAUUAUUUCAUAACAAACAACAUUUUGGAACACUUCUCAGGGAAUCAAUAAAGUUUUAACUCAA